AAAGAUCCAGUCAGCUAGUUUGUGUUUAAUUUAGUGAAUGUAAAAGACUGAAAAACUAUGUGGUUAUAUCUUAUACCAUUAAUGUUGGGAUAUGGAUGUGGAGAACUCGGACAUUAUCUUCUUGCUGUGACGUCUCGUCCCAUGGCACAAGAUGUUGGAUUUGGCGACAAAGGGUGUUUAGCAAAAAAUCAAAGCCUUGAAGAAGAUUAUCAAAAGCAGUGUACAUCGAUAUCAAAUGAAUCAAGGUGUAUCAAUGCGUCGAAUAGCAAGACCUGCUCAUGGGAUUACACUGGGCAAGGAAUUGAAUAUCAGAUUCUUGCCGGACCAACAUAUGUGGUUAUCUUUACAGUCGUCGGUGUCAUUUUUGGAAUUUUAGGUGAUAGAUAUAACAGAGUUCGUAUGUAUGCUAUCAGCGUCGUGUUCUUUUCCGUUAUGACAUUGGCAACUGGAUUUUCACAUCAGUACUGGCAACUACUGACGCUGAGAUUCCUAUUUGGAGCUGGAGAAUCAGCUUGCACUCCACUAGCAUCGUCUUUAGUUGCUGAUUGGUUCCCAGCAAGAUCACGGGGUCGCGGAAUGAGUAUAUAUAAUUGGGGAAUUUAUUUAGGAUACGGCCUUGCAUUUGCAGUUGGAAAUUAUAUGACUGACGCGGAUAUACUUGAUUCGGGGUGGCGAAGCGGGUACGUAGUGACUGGAAUUGCUGGAUUUGUUAUGGCAGUAGUCAUAAUCAUAGCUAUACGGGAGCCACCACGAGGAACAAUAGAAUUUCAGACCAGCAUUUCUUAUAAAGAGGGAACUAAUGCAGAAGAAAAGAAAAAAGGAAAAUUCCGCGAGGUGGCAGCAUUAACAUGUAAAAACGCAACUGUGCCAUUGCUACUAAUUGGAGCGUGCUUUCGCCAUUCAGCUAGUUUCUGCUGGUCCUACAAUGCACAAUUAUACUUUGAUGAUUAUUAUCCUGGCACAGAAGUUGGAUUUUUCAUGUCAAUCACAUCGAUAGCUGGGGGAACAAUUGGAAUUGUGGUUGGCGGACUUGCGUCCGAUAUAUUGGCAAGAAAAUAUGGCGUCAAAACUAGACUUUGGGUCCUCGUUGUAUCCCAAGCACUUGCGGCACCUUGCGCCGCCGGAGUUUUACUAGUUGAACCACCUGAAUGUUUUAUUUCCCUUCUCGUCGCCUAUUUAUUUGCCGAGAUGUGGUUUGGAGUCUUAUUUACAAUUCUUGUCGAAUUCUAUCCAGCGCACGCUCGUGCAAGCGCAGUGGCUUGUUUUAUAUUCGUCAUCAAUAAUAUUGGUGGAAAUGCACAACUCAUUGUUCCUCCUCUAGCAGAUUUGAUGGGAUUCAGGGAAUCAUUGUACCUUGUUUAUCCAGGAUUUUAUUUGACAAGUUCGAUAUUCUUUCUGUUUGCGCAACUGUCACUUCUGGUAAAGACCAAUACGUCUAAAGUAGAUCCGUGUGAAGUCACUAAAUUGUGAUAAUAAAGAAGAAGAAACAACUUUAAAUAAUAAACUUUGAAUUUUUUAAAUAACUUAUAUGUCACUGAAUUAACAGUAUUUUUCAAAGGUGCAAUUUAGGUUUUAGGUAUCGUUUGAACUGUAUUACAAAAUAUCUCCAAACAUUUUUUGUUCUGUUAUAAUGACUGUUCUAUACUUCAAUUAUAAAAUUUUCGUCUACAAGAUUAUAAA